GCUUAAAAAGCGUUUUGAUUUAGGGUUAAUGUGUGCGUAACAUGUGAUCAUAGCCCACGAGUGGGUAAGGAGUGUCUUCAUCUUCUUCUACCGGAGAUCGAGAAAUAGCCGACGAAGUUUUGUUUUUUGAGUAAAACAGUAUUCGUCGGACAACCGAAGCGAAAUCCCUAAUUUCCCACAACACGAAAUACCAAUUUCCCCAAUUCGAAAACAAACACGGUCUGGUAUGCCGAGAAAAUUCUCCAUUUCUACUUUUCUUAUACAUUUGUUUUGGUUGUUUCAUAUAAAUACUUCUCAUCUUCUUCGAUUUUGUUACCCUCCCCCAAACAAUAUAAAAAAAAAAGGAUAAACCCUAGUUUCUUUCUCAGACUGUUUCAAGUUCAGAUUUUUAUUUCUGAGCUUAACUGAUGUCAGACGCAAGAGAUAAUGAUGACCGUGUGGAUUUCGAGGAGGGUAGCUACAGUGAGAUGGAGGAUGAAGUGGAGGAGGAACAAGUAGAAGAGUAUGAAGAGGAGGAAGAAGAAGAUGAUGAUGAUGAUGACGUUGGCAAUCAGAAUGCCGAAGAACGUGAGGUGGAGGAUUAUGGUGAUACAAAAGGUGGGGAUAUGGAAGAUGUUCAGGAGGAAAUAGCUGAAGAUGACGACAACCAUAUUGAUAUUGAGACAGCAGAUGAUGAUGAGAAACCACCAUCUCCUAUUGAUGAUGAAGAUAGGGAAAAGUAUUCCCACCUUCUUUCACUUCCUCCUCAUGGUUCUGAAGUUUUUAUUGGUGGGCUCCCAAGGGAUGUUGGAGAAGAGGACCUGAGGGAUCUAUGUGAAGAGAUAGGCGAGAUCUUUGAGGUGAGACUGAUGAAAGAUAGGGACUCUGGUGAUAGCAAAGGCUAUGCUUUUGUAGCUUUCAAAACCAAAGACGUUGCACAAAAGGCCAUUGAGGAGUUGCACAGUAAAGAGUUUAAGGGAAAAACCAUAAGGUGCUCUCUUUCCGAAACGAAGAAUAGGUUGUUCAUUGGUAACAUACCAAAGAACUGGACUGAGGAUGAGUUUAGAAAAGUCAUAGAGGAUGUUGGUCCUGGAGUGGAGAACAUCGAGCUCAUAAAAGACCCAACAAAUACCACUCGUAACCGUGGUUUUGCAUUUGUUUUGUACUAUAACAAUGCAUGUGCUGAUUAUUCAAGACAGAAAAUGAUAGAUUCUAAUUUUAAGCUUGAGGGUAACGCUCCAACUGUGACUUGGGCAGACCCAAAAAGCUCUCCUGAGCAUUCUGCUGCUGCUGCUCAGGUGAAAGCCCUUUAUGUCAAGAAUAUUCCAGAGAAUACCUCAACAGAGCAGCUAAAGGAACUCUUUCAGAGGCAUGGAGAAGUGACCAAAAUCGUUACACCUCCUGGAAAGGGUGGAAAACGUGAUUUUGGGUUUGUCCACUAUGCUGAAAGAUCUAGUGCAUUGAAGGCUGUCAAAGAUACCGAGAGAUAUGAAGUCAAUGGUCAACCACUAGAAGUUGUGCUUGCUAAACCCCAGGCUGAAAGGAAGCAUGACCCUUCUUCUUAUUCUUACGGGGCUGCACCUACUCCUGCCCCCUUUGUGCAUCCCACGUUUGGUGGUUUUGCUGCGGCUCCUUACGGUGCUAUGGGUGCCGGUUUGGGUAUUGCCGGUAGUUUUAGUCAGCCAAUGAUCUAUGGUAGAGGAGCAAUGCCAACAGGGAUGCAAAUGGUUCCAAUGCUUCUUCCCGAUGGCCGAGUUGGCUAUGUUCUGCAACAGCCUGGUAUGCCGAUGGCAGCAGCACCACCACAACGACCAAGAAGAAAUGACCGGAAUAACGGCUCAAGCGGAGGGUCAGGCAGAGAUAACAGUCAUGAACAUGAUGGUAACCGAGGAGGCCGAAGGUACCGACCCUACUAGUAACCAUAGAGAAAAAUAAGCAAGUAGAAAAAGAAAAGGAGAAGUGUAUUGGGAUUUGUUUGUAGUUUGUUUUUGGAGAACUUUAAAAAGCUCUCUCUCAUGUGUUAUAAAAUAUGAAAUCGAAACCUUAUGGUUUCUGGUUUGAUAUGGAGACUGCUGGGGGGAUAGGAUUGAGUGAUUCGAUCUUUAAAUUAUGAGACUUUUUAGUUUUUUCUCUUCUGAAUAAUACUCUUAUCAAUUAUCCAUCAGAUUUGGUGUUUUUGCUUUCCC